UGACAUUGAUUUUGGGUUAAUCGUUUGAUUGGGAGAACGACCGAACGACCUACCAGCCAUAUAUGGGAUAAGUAUAUAACCAAGGGAAAUGUUAGAAAGUCAUAUCAUUCAUACAUUUACUGUUUACAGGUUCAGUUCGACCUAUUAUCUGGAUUAUCCAACAAACUUUAAACACAAACUGAACUAAAAUGAAGAUUUUCGUUUGCUUAUUGGCCACAGUAUGUGUCUGCAAUGCCACAUUUUUGAGUCUAUUGGGAGGCAAAGGCGGUGGUAGUGGUGGAUCUAGUGGUGGUGGCAGUCAUGUAACCUAUAAUGUUGUGGCAACACCAACUCAUGGCGGUGGUCAUGGUCAUGGAGAUGUUCACGUUCAUGGUCAUGGUCACGGUGGUGGUCAUGAUGUUAUUUACUCCAGCGGCCAUGGCAGUAGCCAUGGUGGAUCUUAUGCUCAUGGUUAUAGUUAUUCUCACGAUCAUGGCCAUAGUCAUGGUGGUUCUCCCCAAGUUAUUAAAGUCAUUUUGGAUCAAGGUCAUGGUGGUGGUCAUUCCUAUGGCGGUGGUUAUGCCAGUGGUCAUAGUUAUGGUUCUUCUGAUCACAGCUAUGCUGGUGGUGAUCACAGUUAUCAUGGUGCUUCCUCUGCUGGUGGUGAUGCCCAAAUUUUCAAAGUUAUUACCGAAAGUUCUGGCCCUGGACCUGUUCAUGUAGAUCAUGGUUACUCCGCUGGUGGCUCUCAUGGCUGGUCCUCUGGUUCUUCUUAUGCCUCCGGUUAUUCUCAUGGCGGUUCUCAUGGCGUAAACUCUCAAUUGAAUGCUAUUUUGCCACAAAUUUUACAAGUUAUCUUACAAGAUGAUGCUCAUCAUGGUUCCGGUGGUGGUUUUAUCUCUGGUGGCGGUGAUGAUGUCAACUCUCAAUUAAUUGCUCACUUUGGACAAAAGGGCAAGGCUGUUAUUACCCGCAGCAAUGGCAAAACCAAUAGCUUCUAUUCUGGUGGUCACGUUAUCCAAAAGGGAGUUCUUAAAGUAACGCGUGUUGAAGAAACUCCUGCAGCUGCUCAUCCAGCUCCAGCUCAUGGUUCUCCCGCCCAUGGUCAUUCCUCAUAUGGACCUCCAGUCCAUGGACCACCACCUCAUGGUCCUCCUUCCCACGGCCAUGGCUGGUAAUUUUAUAUCCUCAAGUCAUUAGUGUGUCAUUUAAUGUAGGCUCUUAGUUAAGGUCAUUUUAUUUAAAUUUUUAGUAAAUUAUAUAUUUAUAGUUUUUGUAAUCAUCUCUGUGAAUCAAUUAAAUGAUUCACUGAUGAUGUUUUAUAAUUU